AUGAUGAUGAUGAUGAUGAUGAUGAUGAUGAUGAUGAUGAUGAUGAUGAUGAUGAUGAUGAUGAUGAUGAUGAUGAUGAUGAUGAUGAUGAUGAUGAUGAUGAUGAUGAUGAUGAUGAUGAUGAUGAUGAUGAUGAUGAUGAUGAUGAUGAUGAUGAUGAUGAUGAUGAUGAUGAUGAUGAUGAUGAUGAUGAUGAUGAUGAUGAUGAUGAUGAUGAUGAUGAUGAUGAUGAUGAUGAUGAUGAUGAUGAUGAUGAUGAUGAUGAUGAUGAUGAUGAUGAUGAUGAUGAUGAUGAUGAUGAUGAUGAUGAUGAUGAUGAUGAUGAUGAUGAUGAUGAUGAUGAUGAUGAUGAUGAUGAUGAUGAUGAUGAUGAUGAUGAUGAUGAUGAUGAUGAUGAUGAUGAUGAUGAUGAUGAUGAUGAUGAUGAUGAUGAUGAUGAUGAUGAUGAUGAUGAUGAUGAUGAUGAUGAUGAUGAUGAUGAUGAUGAUGAUGAUGAUGAUGAUGAUGAUGAUGAUGAUGAUGAUGAUGAUGAUGAUGAUGAUGAUGAUGAUGAUGAUGAUGAUGAUGAUGAUGAUGAUGAUGAUGAUGAUGAUGAUGAUGAUGAUGAUGAUGAUGAUGAUGAUGAUGAUGAUGAUGAUGAUGAUGAUGAUGAUGAUGAUGAUGAUGAUGAUGAUGAUGAUGAUGAUGAUGAUGAUGAUGAUGAUGAUGAUGAUGAUGAUGAUGAUGAUGAUGAUGAUGAUGAUGAUGAUGAUGAUGAUGAUGAUGAUGAUGAUGAUGAUGAUGAUGAUGAUGAUGAUGAUGAUGAUGAUGAUGAUGAUGAUGAUGAUGAUGAUGAUGAUGAUGAUGAUGAUGAUGAUGAUGAUGAUGAUGAUGAUGAUGAUGAUGAUGAUGAUGAUGAUGAUGAUGAUGAUGAUGAUGAUGAUGAUGAUGAUGAUGAUGAUGAUGAUGAUGAUGAUGAUGAUGAUGAUGAUGAUGAUGAUGAUGAUGAUGAUGAUGAUGAUGAUGAUGAUGAUGAUGAUGAUGAUGAUGAUGAUGAUGAUGAUGAUGAUGAUGAUGAUGAUGAUGAUGAUGAUCUACUAUACUAAACCGUUUAUUAGCUAA